GAAGGAAAAAGAAUUAAAAGCAGCACGCACGAGACGAGAGACGACGAAGCGUUCUCGAUAAUCACCGUGCUUCUUUAGCUUAGCUUCGUUCUCUCUCUCACAAAAACCCUAAAUUCUCCGAGACCGAUAGACCGCGAUAAUGGCUAAUAGCAAUCUACCGCGAAGAAUCAUCAAGGAAACACAACGUCUACUUAGUGAACCUGCUCCGGGGAUAAGCGCGUCUCCGUCAGAGGAAAACAUGCGUUAUUUCAAUGUCAUGAUUCUUGGUCCUUCACAGUCUCCUUAUGAAGGAGGAGUUUUCAAGUUGGAGCUCUUUUUGCCUGAAGAAUACCCUAUGGCAGCUCCCAAAGUUAGGUUUCUCACCAAAAUAUACCAUCCUAACAUUGACAAGCUUGGAAGGAUCUGCCUUGACAUUCUGAAAGACAAAUGGAGUCCUGCGCUACAGAUAAGAACUGUGCUCUUGAGUAUCCAAGCUCUUCUAAGUGCACCAAACCCUGAUGAUCCACUUUCUGAGAACAUAGCUAAGCAUUGGAAGAGUAAUGAAGCUGAAGCUGUGGAGACAGCUAAGGAGUGGACUCGUCUAUAUGCAAGUGGCGCUUGAUGGGGGGGGAGUGCAAAAAGGAGAAUGAUGUUGUCAUUUAAAUAACAUUAUAUAUGGUGAUAACUCUACCUCAAAGUUUAUCUGAAUCCUUUUUCUUAAAACAAGGGAAAAAGAUUUGCACU